ACUUGCUCGGAGGACGAUGCUGAGUCGACAGCUGCUCAGAGCAGCCACACAGUCUCGCCAGACUGCCAGACAGACUGCUCUUGCGCCAAGGCAGAGCUAUACCACGCCGCCCAAGCCACCUCGUGCGCUCAAGUAUACGCCUUACUCUCGAUCGACGACAAGACGGACAGACGAGUCGUCUGCUCCAUCUGCCUCGGCCGAUGCGGUAGAGAAGGAGCAACACUACAAGGAUGCAGCUUUUCCGGAGCAUGUUGUGACGGAAGGCGCAACGUCGAGCGAUCCAGCUGUGCUCGAUACCCGACUGGGCCAGCAGACACAGAACCCACUCGAUACCCAAGCCGUACCUUCUUCUGCUCCUCCCGAUCAAGCAGAAUCGAGUCAGGCGAUACAGGAGAGUACAACAGCCGCUCGAACGCCUUCGACGGCCGCCGGACAAAGUCUCACGCGAUCCAAUGAGACUCUGGCCUCUUCCUAUCUGGAUGCAACGGAAGUGCUCGGCGAUGAGCCGAGGACGGGCGCAAAGAGCACAGCCAAGGGGAGACGGAGCAUGUCCUCUAUCGAGAAGAAGCGGCAGACUCUGACGAGGUCCUUGCUCGGCUUGAUGACUGCCGGAGCGGGCGUUCUUUUGUGGCACAUGGGGCGUGACUGGGACGAUGAUGCGGAGCGACUCAUCCUAGGAUCUGAAGUCCCGACAGAUGGUGCUCUGCCCAUCAGGUACUAUCGCGCCAAAGCGCGUCUCGUCGAUCUCACCGAUUACUUCAACAAACCCGCUUGGACACCUCUGUUACCGCCAGAAUUACCAGCGACCCAUCAGAAACCAUACACACUUAUACUUGAUCUGGACGAUCUGCUCGUGCAUUCAGAAUGGUCUCGCGAGCAUGGAUGGCGAACGGCAAAGCGGCCUGGCGUCGAUUACUUCUUGGCCUAUCUCAACCAAUUCUUCGAGAUCGUCGUCUUUACGAACCAGCCUGCCUAUACCGCUCUGCCUAUCAUUGAGAAACUUGAUCCGCUCAAUUGCAAUAUCCUGUACAAGCUGUUCCGUGACUGCACACGAUACAAAGAUCGACAGUAUAUCAAGGACUUGAAUUAUCUAGGCCGAGAUCUCGCAAAAGUCAUCAUCCUCGAUACAAACAAGGACAAUUUCCCGCUUCAUCCCAACAACGGAGCUGCACUCAAACCAUGGCACGGCGAGAGAGACGACAAGGAACUGAUCGCUUGGAUCCCCUUCCUCGAAGCCGUGGGCAUCAACAUGCCUCGCGAUGUCCGACCCAUCUUCGAAGCUUACGAGGGGCAACAUAUCCCCACUCUGUAUGCUCAGAAGGAAGCGGCAAUGAAGAAACAGGUCGUCGAACAAUGGGAGAAAGAGCAAGAGGCUAUCAAAUCCCAACACCGAGGGUGGAAUCUGGCUUCCUUUUUCGGUCUGAGUAGUGCGCCACGCUCCUCCGCACCGCCUCGUCUGCCCAUCGAGAUUGAUCGCGAGAGAGCGCAAGCGAUCUACCUGGACGAACAGAAGUACUGGAAGGAUAACGAAGAGAGCAUCAAGAAGAUGAUGCAGGAAGAUAUCGACAAGCAGACGCGAGAAAUGCGAUCUAGUGUCCUGGGCAUGCUCAGUGCGUUCAGUCCUCCCCCACCUCAGUCAGGCGAGCCAGCCCAGCGAUGACGAGAUGAUAUGUUGUACAACAUUGCAAGACUACUCAGCGCAGACGGGUGCCCGAUUGCACUCCAUCUUGCAACCCUUGACG